ACAUUUGUGUUCCGGGGUCGAUCCGGGCCGAUCUGUCAGAAAAUCACCUGUUUGUGUCUUUUUUUCCUUUUAUUCAUAAAGUUAUUACGCGGACAACUGGCGAGGGAGUCUGAGUUUUUUUCGGAAGGAGAGACGCUUUGAAUACAGCAUCGAUAGGCCGUCUGUAAACAUGAACUUCUUCAGAGGAGUGAUGGGUGGACAGGCAGCCGGGCCGCAGCCGUCCGGAGCGGAGACGAUCCAGAAGUUGUGUGACCGGGUCGCGUCCUCGACACUCCUAGAGGACCGCAGAGAUGCUGUUCGGGCUCUUAAGUCCCUCUCUAAGAAAUAUCGCAUGGAAGUUGGCACACAGGCAAUGGAUCACUUGAUUAACAUUCUGCAAACUGACAGGUCUGAUUCUGAGAUCCUUGGCUAUGCUUUGGACACACUGUACAACAUCAUCUGCAACGAUGAGGAGGAAGAACAAGAUGAAUCAGAAGACGCAGUAACCCCUCUCUCUGCCUCAGGGAAGCAUAAGAAUGUUUCCAUGCCUGAUGAGACUGCCCAGAAACAGGCUGAUGACCUCGGUGCCCAGUUCACAGACCAGUUCAUUCAGGACCCUGAACAUGUGACUCUGCUGCUCACUCUGUUGGAGGAGUUUGAUUUCCACGUGCGCUGGCCAGGAGUGAAGCUGUUGACUGCACUCCUGAAGAACCAGGGGGUUCAGGUGCAGGGUAUCAUCCUGGUCAGCCCAAUGGGUGUUUCCAGAUUGAUGGACUUAUUGGCAGACUCCAGAGAAGUAAUCCGUAAUGAUGGCCUGCUGUUGCUUCAGCAGCUGACUAAAAGCAAUGCUGCCAUUCAGAAAAUUGUGGCAUUUGAAAACGCAUUUGAGCGUCUUCUAGAUAUCAUCACAGAAGAGGGCAGCAGUGAUGGAGGCAUCGUGGUGGAGGACUGUUUGCUGUUGCUUCUCAACCUGCUAAAGAACAACAGUUCCAACCAGAACUUCUUCAAAGAGGGCUCCUACAUUCAGAGGAUGAAGCCCUGGUUUGAGGUCGGUGAUGAUAACUCCGGCUGGUCUGCACAGAAGGUCACCAACCUCCACCUGAUGCUGCAGCUGGUGCGAGUCAUGGUGUCUCCAGUGAACUCUCCUGGAGCCACAGCCAGCUGUCAGAAGUCCAUGUACCAGUGCGGUCUGCUGCAGCAGCUGUGCACCAUCCUCAUGGCUACUGGUGUGCCGGCUGACAUCCUCACCGAGACCAUCAACACUGUAUCAGAGGUUAUCAGAGGCUCACAGGUCAACCAGGACUACUUUGCGUCUGUGAACGCUCCCUCGAACCCUCCGAGACCAGCCAUCGUGGUGCUGCUCAUGUCCAUGGUGAAUGAGAGACAACCAUUUGUGCUUCGCUGUGCAGUCCUCUACUGUUUCCAGUGUUUCCUGUACAAAAACCAGAAAGGACAGGGAGAGAUCGUAGCUACGCUGCUGCCCUCCACCAUUGAUGCUAAUUCCAUCUCGGCGGGCCAGCUGCUGUGUGGAGGCCUGUUCUCAGCAGACUCUCUCUCAAACUGGUGUGCUGCUGUGGCCUUGGCUCACGCCCUGCAGGACAACCUUACCCAGAAGGAGCAGCUGCUGAGGGUCCAACUGGCCACCAGUCUGGGAAAGCCCCCCGUCUCCCUGCUGCAGCAAUGCACCAACAUCCUCUCCCAGGGAGAUAAGAUCGUCCGGCGGGGCAGUAAAGUGCAGACCAGAGUGGGCCUCCUCAUGCUGCUGUGUACUUGGAUCAGCAACUGUCCAAUUGCUGUCACUCACUUUCUGCACAAUCAGGAAAACGUUCCCUUCCUGACAGCACAGAUCUCAGAGAACUUGGGAGAGGAUGAGAGGCUGGUGCAGGGCUUGUGUGCGCUGCUUCUCGGCAUCUGCAUCUAUUAUAACGACAACUCGCUGGAAAACUACACCAAAGAGAAGCUAAAGCAGCUCAUCGAGAAGAGGAUUGGAAAAGAAAACUUUGUAGAGAAACUGGGUUUUAUCACCAAACAUGAACUGUACUCACGGGCAGCGCAGAAGCCGCAGCCCGUCUUUCCGUCUCCGGAGCAGAUGCUGUUUGACCACGAGUUCACCAAGCUGGUCAAAGAACUGGAGGGUGUGAUCACCAAAGCGGUUCAUAAAUCCAGUGAGGAGGAAAAGAAGGAAGAGGAGGUGAAGAAGACGUUAGAACAACAUGACAACAUUGUAACUCAGUAUAAAGAGCUGAUCAGAGAGCAGGAUGCUCAGAUCCAGGAGCUGAAGGAGCAGGUAGCGUCCAUGACGUCUCAGAACGAGCAGAUGCAGAAUACGCUCACCCAGCAGCUCUCCCAGAUCCAGCAGCACAAGGAUCAGUACAACAUCCUCAAGCUAAAAUUAGGUAAGGAGAACCAGAGUCAGUCGAACAGCCAGGGAGACAUCUCUCAGGUGAACGGGCUGCAGACGGAGGAGCUCACACAGCUCAGAGAGGAGGUGGAGGAGCUCCGCAAGCAGCACACACUCCUUCAGACACAACUCGGUGACAAAGACGCUCUCAUCAACACCCUGCGGUCAGAGACAGCAGAGGGUUCAGCAGCAGGAUCAGACAACACAGAACUGCUCAAGGAGCUGGAGGCUCUGAGGAGUCAGGUUCAGUCACAGUCGGCAGAAAUCAACCAGAUGAAGACAGAGAGACAAGAGCUGCUCAGAAGAGCUGAAGCUGGGUCCUCAGAUGCAUUCUCGAGCAAUGACGGCUCAUCAGACGCUGCCAAGAUUGCAGAAGUAGAGAGCAGACUCGCAGCACAGACGACUGAGACAGAGAAACUCAAGGAGGAGGCUAAGAGCUUGUCGGAGAGUCGGGUGGAGCUGGAGCAGCAGCUGGCCUCAGCCACCAGCACGGUGGCCAUCUUGCAGACAGAGAAAGCAAAACUGCAGACGGAGGUGCAAGAGUCCAAGAAGGAGCAGGACGACCUGCUGAUGCUGCUCGCAGACCAGGACCAGAAGAUCCACAGCCUCAAACAGAGACUCAAAGACCUCGGAGAGACGGUGGACGAUGAAGACGAUCUGGACGCCAGGGACCAAACGGACGAUGAUUACGAGGAAGAUGAAGAUGAGGACUAGAGGAAAAAACACUGAAAGAAAAGGAGAGAUGGGAAUAUUUGUCUGCCAACAGGCAAGAAAAAAACUUUGCAGAAACACACCUGAGAAACUGAAGAAUAGGAGUGAUGUACCGGUGCAGUUUCUCUCUCCAGCUGCCAUGCUAUCUUCAUUUUUCUUUACCUCCUCGUCACGUCCCAUGUUCACGUUAGUUGUUUGGACAUUUUUUUCCAAGGAUUCAGUUUUCAGUGACGGCGAAAAUAUUUGAACAUGUCAGUGCAUUCAUCUCUGCUACUUUUACUGCCAGCUGGCGAUGGAUUUUUCCAGUCUUGUGUUUAUCGUAAUGUGUUGUCAUAUAGUUUAUAAUCACAAGAAAAAAAACGCUAGAUUAAUGUUUGCACAUAAGUCACCCGGAAAUCUUAGAGUGGAGGAUUUAAAAUGUAGCAAAAAAUGCAACUCUAAACAGAUUUGUUACAAUUCUCAUUUGAUCAUAAACAUGACAACCAUUAGCAUCAUCUGCAACGUGUGUCUGUGCUGCGCCCCGAAUUUAUGGUCACCCCCCCAUCAGUUUGAGUUCAGUGUGUAUUUCAACACUCGGUUGUUCCAUUUCACUUUGACGACACAAUCUAACCGCUCUACAAUAUGCUGCAAAACACUGACAGAAAACAUGUAAAGACAAAAAAGAUAUUUUUGCAACUUUUUGUCCAGUACUGGCAUCCAGCUUCUGUAUGAUAUUGUGUAACUUAUCAGUUUAUGAACCAAGUUGAAAUGAAUAAAGAAUCUAUCAGUCUGUAUGCCUGAAUGGAGGUAUAAUUGUAGAUAAAUUAAAUUUUACUAAACCCACA